AUUGCAGGAGUACACUGUUACUAAAACAUAGAACUAAACAUUAAUCAUGUCCUCUUCCUCUUCUUCCACCAGAAAUAUUUUCAAAUUGGGAAGGUACACAGUGUGUGUUCUUCAAGUCGAUCCCAAAAGUUGUACAAGAACGACAUCUUCUUCGUCAUCGUUACAUAGCCACCCUUUAACAAAACCUCUUUUAAUUGCGACCCCUACAGAAGAAGGAGAAUUCCCCGUACUGGUAUUUUUACAUGGUUUUCUUCUCUACAACUCUUUCUAUUCACAGCUUAUCCAACACAUUGCUUCACAUGGUUUCAUCGUUGUUGCCCCUCAGUUAUACAAUUGUGCAGGACCAGAUUCUAGUGAUGAAAUCAAGUCAGCUGCAGCAAUAACGGAAUGGUUAUCAGAUGGACUCAGUAGCGUACUUCCACCGACAGUUCUACCAAAUCUAACAAAAGCAGCACUUGCCGGUCAUAGCAGGGGUGGUAAAGUUGCAUUUGCGCUGGCCUUAUCGUACAGUUCAACUAAUAAAUCAGCUAGUAAUGGUACUAAUUCAACAAUCAAGUAUUCAGCUCUAAUGGGUAUAGAUCCAGUAGAUGGAAUGGACAAAGGAAAACAAACUCCUCCACCCGUUCUUACCUAUGUUCCUCAGUCUUUUGAUCUAGACAUGGCAGUUUUAGUUGUUGGUUCUGGGCUCGGAGAAAUCAAGAGAAACAGAUUUUUCCCUCCUUGUGCUCCCAAAGGUGUAAACCAUGAAGAUUUUUAUAAUGAAUGUCAAGCACCAGCUUGUUAUUUUGUUGUGAAAGAUUAUGGACAUACAGACAUGCUUGAUGAUGAAACUAAAGGCAUAAGAGGGAAACUCAGUUAUUGUACUUGUAAAAAUGGGAAAACUAGAGAACCUAUGAGGCAAUUUGUGGGAGGAAUUAUGGUUGCUUUUAUGAAAGCUUAUCUUGAAGAUGAUCCUAGUUACUUGAAUGCUAUCAAGGGUGGCAAGGAAACUAGGAUUCCUGUCGAUCUUCAAACUGUUGAAUUCUUGAUGUGAAAUUAUAAAUAACAUAACCAAGUAGUGGGCAUUCUGAAUGUGUGUCCUCAUCGUAUUUUAGAAAAUGUAUGUGUACUAAAACCUAAGACUAAUUUGUUUUGUUAUGCAUUACAAGCCACUAUGUAAUAUGGAUGAGCUUCAAAGAAACAACAAUUUGCAAAU